AGAUGGGUGGCAAAGGUGGCGGAGGAGGUGGAAAGGGAGGCGGUGGUGGCAAGGGAGGCGGCGGUGGAAAAGGUAGUGGUGGUGGAAAUUCAAGCGGCGGCGGUGGCGGUGGUUCAGGAGGAUAUAUGAAGGCCCCUGGUGGGGAUGGAAGUUACAUAUCAAGAGGAGUAUUUGAGAGCAAUCCUCAGGCAUACUUCAGCGGUCUGCAUGGUGCAUCACAGCCAAACAAGUAGUUCUAUUUUAUCAAAUGCUUAAGCUGUUGCCAUAGACAUGACUCUUGUGCUCGUUAUGUCACUUUUAUACUAUAAAU